CUGAAAUAAUAUAGUCAGCCAUUUUUUAUGUAAGGGGAUUUUUUUCUUAUGGGGGGGUUGUUAAAAAAUAAAUAUAAGGGCGGCCAUCUUUAUUCCUCUCCCUUGUAGUGUAAAAUAUUCCAGACCGCCCCCCACAUUUUGAGUGUCGAUUUGAAUAUUAAAUAAAAUUUUAAAUUCCAGAGAUACACUUUAUGUGUUCGUGCACGAGUCGCUGACAGGAUUAUAAUGUGCUCUCCUCUUCGCAUGAGUGAGGAAGACGAGGGCAUGGUGGUUAAUUCCGAGGGAGGAGAUUUCGAUGAAGAAGACGAGGACAACGGAGACAUAGACGAGAAAGCAAGCGACAUAAACUCGCCGGCGGCACCUAGAGAAACUACACUAGCCACACCAGAUGAGGCUGAAGAAGGAGGAGAGCCGUCAGAUAGGGAUGGAGGUACAAAGAAGAAGAAACGGGGCCCUAAGAAGAAGAAGGAGCUGAAAGACAAAGAAGGGAAGACAUCCAAAGGCCGAAAACGCAAGAAGAUUGAUAGUGAUGUAGACAGAGAUUCAGAAAGGGAGUAUGGAGAGAACUCUGAUAGUGGUGCUAGUGGCUUCACAUCUGAAGCAAAAAAGAAGAGAAAAAAGCACAAAGAGAAGAAGGAAAAGAAGGCUAAGCGGAAGAAAACAGAAGAUGGUGAGAGCAACCAGGAGGAAGUGGUCAAGCCAGUGGAACAGAAGUCAUCAGGGCAACUGGCACGAGAUUGGGGAUUAGAGGAUGUGGAUCAUACUUUUACAGAAGAGGAUUACCACACACUAACCAACUACAAAGCCUUCAGCCAGUUCAUGAGGCCCAUGAUUGCUAAGAAAAACCCCAAGAUCCCCAUGUCUAAGAUGAUGACCAUCCUGGGGGCCAAGUGGCGAGAGUUCAGCUCCAACAACCCCUUCAAGGGCUCCGCUGCAGCUGUAGCUGCAGCUGCUGCCGCUGCCGCCGCUGCCGUCGCAGAGCAAGUGUCCGCCCCCCCCUUCCCCGAACCUCCUCCCCAGCCGCCUCCACUCCGCAAGGCCAAGACCAAAGAGGGCAAAGGCCCAGGGUAUAAGAAGCGCAGUAAAAGUCCUCGCGUCCCAGAGAAAAAGAAGGCUAAAGUCAAGAAAAUGGCCCCUCUGCGCAUUAAACUGGGGAUGCUGGGCAGCAAGAGGAAGAGAAGCAGCUCUAGUGAGGAUCUGGACGGGGAAGAAUCGGAGCAGGAAGACUCCAGCAUGCUCGGCUCCGCUGUUCGCCCUGACAGCAGCAGCCUGGUCAAGAAGAACAAGAGAGGUCGCCCUGCCAAGAAGAAGAAGAAGAAGAAAGUGUUGGGAGAGGACGGGGAUGGUUACGAGACCGAUCACCAGGAUUACUGCGAGGUUUGUCAGCAGGGCGGUGAGAUCAUCCUGUGUGACACCUGCCCCCGUGCCUACCACCUGGUGUGCCUGGAGCCGGAGCUGGAGAAGGCCCCCGAGGGCAAGUGGAGCUGCCCUCACUGUGAGAAGGAGGGCAUCCAGUGGGAAGCCAAGGAGGAGGACUUUGAGGAGUUUGAGGAGGAGUGUGAGGAUGGAGGCGGGGCUGAGGCCGGCGGUGGAGCCGCUGGAGGAGAGGAAGAGGAGGAUGACCACAUGGAGUUCUGCCGCGUUUGCAAGGACGGGGGAGAGCUGCUGUGCUGCGACUCCUGCACCUCCUCCUAUCACAUCCACUGUCUCAACCCGCCCCUUCCCGAGAUACCCAAUGGAGAGUGGCUCUGCCCGCGCUGCCUGUGCCCCCCGAUCAAUGGCAGGGUUCAGAGGAUCCUCCACUGGCGCUGGGGGGAACCUCCCCCCCCAGUACCCGUGCCCCCAGCCCCUGAUGCUGACCCACAGCAGCCCCCUCCCCCUCCGAUGAAGGGGCGCCCGGAGAGGGAGUUUUUCGUCAAACUGACCGGUCAGUCGUACUGGCACUGCACGUGGGUCACUGAACUACAGCUGGAGAUCUACCACUCGGUCAUGUUCCGCAACUACCAGCGAAAGACAGACAUGGACGAGCCCCCCGCCGUGGACUAUAGCUCCGGGGGUGAGGAGGACGGGGGGAAGAGCGAGAAGAGGCGAGCCAAAGACCCACAGUACGCUGCCAUGGAGGAGAAGUUCUACCGCUACGGCAUCAAACCCGAGUGGAUGAUGGUGCACCGCAUUAUUAACCACAGUGUGGAUAAGAAGGGGAACUACCUCUACCUGGUCAAGUGGAGAGACCUGACCUACGACCAGUGCACCUGGGAGCAGGAGGACCUCGAUAUCCCUGACUUUGCAAUGCAUAAGGCCAACUACUGGAGGCACAGGGAAGAAGUGAUGAAAGAUGACUCAGACAAGCCCAGGAGGAUGAGGAGUGUGAGGAAGGAAGAGGCCGAUGAGGCGUCCAGUUCUCCCGUUACAGAUCCCACGGUGAAGUACGAGGAGCAGCCUGACUUCGUGUCAGUGACGGGGGGCACGCUGCACCUGUACCAGCUGGAGGGACUGAACUGGCUGCGCUUCUCCUGGGCGCAGGGCACGGACACCAUCCUGGCCGACGAGAUGGGCCUGGGCAAGACCAUCCAGACCAUCACCUUCCUCUACUCACUCUUCAAGGAGGGCCAUACUAAGGGUCCGUUCUUGGUGAGUGCCCCACUCUCCACCAUCAUAAACUGGGAGCGGGAGUUUGAGAUGUGGGCGCCUGACUUCUACGUGGUGACCUACACCGGAGACAAGGAAAGCCGGGCUAUCAUCCGCGAGAACGAGCUGUCCUUCGACGACUCAGCCAUGAAGAGCGGGAAGAAGGCCUUCAAACUAAGGAGGGAGGCGCCCAUUAAAUUCCACGUGCUCCUGACCUCCUACGAGCUGGUAACCAUUGAUCAGACUGCCCUCAAGUCCAUUGACUGGGCCUGCCUGGUGGUGGAUGAGGCCCAUCGCCUCAAGAACAAUCAAUCUAAGUUUUUCAGGAAGCUGAAUGACUAUAAGAUUGAUCAUAAGCUGCUGCUGACAGGCACUCCCCUGCAGAACAACCUGGAGGAGCUCUUCCACCUCCUCAACUUCCUCACACCUAACCGCUUCAAUAACCUGGAGGGCUUCCUGGAGGAGUUUGCGGAUAUCUCCAAGGAGGACCAGAUCAAAAAACUGCACGACAUGCUGGGGCCGCACAUGCUGCGGAGGCUGAAGGCCGACGUCUUCAAAACCAUGCCGGCCAAGACCGAGCUCAUCGUGCGGGUGGAGCUCAGCCCCAUGCAGAAGAAAUACUACAAGUUCAUCCUGACGCGUAACUUUGAAGCACUGAAUUCCAAAGGUGGGGGGAAUCAGGUGUCCCUGCUCAACAUCAUGAUGGAUCUGAAGAAGUGCUGCAAUCACCCCUACCUGUUCCCUGUAGCUGCCAUGGAGUCUCCAAAGAUGGUGAAUGGAGCGUAUGAAGGGGUAGCACUGACCAAGGCCUCCGGGAAACUGAUGCUGCUACAGAAGAUGCUGAGGAAACUGAAGGAACAGGGCCAUCGUGUGCUCAUAUUCUCCCAGAUGACAAAGAUGCUGGACCUGCUGGAGGACUUCCUGGACUUCGAGGGCUAUAAGUAUGAGCGCAUCGAUGGCAGCAUCACAGGGGCUCUGAGACAGGAGGCCAUCGACAGAUUCAACGCACCUGGGGCACAGCAGUUCUGCUUCCUGUUAUCCACGAGGGCGGGGGGUCUUGGUAUCAAUUUGGCCACCGCAGACACAGUCAUCAUCUUUGACUCUGAUUGGAACCCCCACAAUGACAUACAGGCGUUUAGUCGAGCCCACCGCAUUGGGCAGGCCAACAAGGUGAUGAUCUACCGCUUUGUGACGCGGGCCUCGGUGGAGGAGAGGAUCACGCAGGUGGCCAAGCACAAGAUGAUGCUGACCCACCUGGUGGUGCGGCCCGGGCUGGGCUCCAAGGCCGGGUCCAUGUCCAAACAGGAGCUGGACGACAUCCUCAAGUUCGGAACCGAGGAGCUCUUCAAGGACGAGAUCGAGAGUGGGGACAACAAGGACGAGGACAGCAGCGUGAUCCACUAUGACAACACGGCCAUCGAGCGGCUGCUGGACCGAAACCAGGACGCCACCGACGACUCGGACGUGCAGAGCAUGAACGAGUACCUGAGCUCCUUCAAGGUGGCCCAGUACAUGGUGCGGGAGGAGGACAAGAUGGAGGACAUUGAGAGGGAGAUCAUCAAGCAGGAGGAGAAUGUGGACCCGGAUUACUGGGAGAAGCUGCUGAGGCACCAUUACGAGCAGCAGCAGGAGGACCUGGCCCGUAACCUGGGCAAGGGCAAGCGGGUCCGCAAGCAGGUCAACUACAACGACGCUGCGCAGGAGGACCAAGACUGGCAUGCUGGUGUUUCAGAUAACCAGUCAGAGUACUCGGUGGGCUCAGAAGAGGAAGAUGAAGACUUCGAUGACAGGACAGAAGGGAGAAGACAGUCACGCCGUCAGCUUAGGAAUGACAAGGACAAGCCACUCCCCCCCCUGCUGGCCAGAGUCGGGGGAAACCUUGAGGUGUUGGGCUUCAACACUCGUCAGCGCAAGGCCUUCCUGAACGCUGUUCUGCGGUGGGGCAUGCCCGCUCAGGACGGCUUCUCCUGUCAGUGGCUUGUCCGGGAUCUCCGCGGCAAGAGCGAGAAAGAGUUCAAGGCGUAUGUCUCCCUCUUCAUGCGGCACCUGUGUGAGCCGGUGGGGGAGGGGUCAGAGACGUUUGCCGACGGGGUGCCGAGAGAAGGCCUGUGUCGUCAGCCUGUCCUCACCAGAAUCGGCGUCAUGUCCCUGGUCAAGAAGAAGGUGCAGGAAUUUGAGCAUAUCAAUGGGAAGUGGAGCCUCCCGGAGCUAAAGCCUCUGGUCAGUGUGGAAUCGUCUCGCGCCUCUUCCCCCACCAUCAAGACCGGCACAUCCACCCCUGAGCCCAGCACUAACAACACCCCCUGCACCUCCACACCAGCUACGCCCUCUCCCCCUGACAAACCGGAGAAAAAUGGAAAGGAGGCAGUUAAGGAGGGAGAGAGCCAGCUGGAUCGGGAGACUGAGAAGGAGAAAGAGAAGGAGAGGGAGAGCAGUGAUUGCACAGAUCCCGAGGAGGCUGAAACACAAGCUCCGCCCUCCGGCCAAAAACCUGACGGGGAGGAAGGGGCUUCUGGGGUGGAGGGAGAGGUGAAAGACACUUCGCCAGCCCCAGCAGAGGGGGAGAGAAAGCUGGAGGAGAGCAAAGAUCCAGAGGGCCUUUCUGAGGGGACGCAGCCCGCCUCUGAAGCAACGCCUCCUGUAAAAGACGAGAAGCGAGAACCGGAGAAGGUGGAGGAGGAGAAUAAGAUGGCGGAGGAGAAGGGGGAGGAGGCCGCACUCUCAGAAACACCGGAUGGCAAAAACAAGGAGGAGAGCCAGCCCUCCGAGGUUAAGAGAGAUGAAGUAAAAGGUGAAAAGGAAGCUGGGAAGGAGGGUAAGGGGAUGAAGGAGGAGCCUGCCAAGGGGGCCAAUGGGAAGAGUGAACGGCCACGCUUCAUGUUUAACAUCGCAGACGGAGGCUUCACUGAGCUGCAUGCGCUCUGGCAGAACGAGGAGAGGGCGGCCAUUUCCUCAGGGAAGGUGAACGAGAUCUGGCAUCGGCGGCACGACUAUUGGCUCCUGGCGGGCAUUGUGCUUCACGGAUACGCACGCUGGCAGGACAUUCAGAACGACGUCCAGUUUGCCAUAGUUAACGAACCCUUCAAGACUCAAGCCAACAAGGGCAACUUCCUAGAGAUGAAGAACAAGUUUCUGGCCCGCCGCUUCAAGCUGUUGGAGCAAGCUCUGGUGAUCGAGGAGCAGCUGCGUAGAGCAGCCUACCUGAACAUGACCCAGGACCCCACUCACCCGGCGAUGGCCCUGAACGCCCGCUUUGCUGAGGUGGAGUGCCUGGCGGAGUCGCACCAGCACCUGAGCAAGGAGUCGCUGGCUGGGAACAAGCCCGCCAACGCCGUUCUGCACAAGGUGCUGAACCAGCUGGAGGAGCUGCUGAGCGACAUGAAGGCAGAUGUGACGCGGCUGCCCGCCACGCUGUCCAGAAUCCCGCCCAUCGCCGCCCGCCUGCAGAUGUCAGAGAGGAGCAUCCUCAGCAGGCUGGCCAACAAGGGGACGGAGGCUCACGUACCCCCGCCCAUUCCUCUGGGACCGUACGCCACGCCACAUAAUUUUGGGGCACCCUUCACUCCUGCCCCGCCUGGAGCCAUGCUUCUUGGAGGAGCAAACUACAGUCAGAUGCCCCCCGGGUCAUUCAUAUCAGUGUGCCGCUUGUCUACCCCCACAGAGGCCGGCACCUUCCUGAAGACCAAGGAGCACGACGUCCUACAGCGCCAACGUGUGGUGGACCUGUGGAAGGACGGCAAGUCCGAGGGCGCUAUCGGCCUGGAGCUGAGGAUGCCCAAGUCCACCGUGCACAGCAUCAUUGUCAAGUACCGCCUCAGCAACACUGUGGAGAACCUGCCGCGGAACGGCCGGCCGAAAAAACCCUGAGACCCCGAAAGAGGGGGGGCGGGGGCACGGAUGUGAGAGGGCGAGGGGAAGUGGCCCUGAAAACUCUUACAGAGAGAGAGAGAGAGGUGGGGUGAAGAAAGGAGGUCUGAAAAGCCCUGUGGUGAGGUGAGAGAGGGAGCGGAGGUGGCCAGACCACCGGAGUCAGAGCAACAUUCUCUGAGAGAAAAAUGGUUAAAAACGAACAAAGGAAAAGGUAGAGUUAAAGGUCAGUGGGAGGGAAAAGUGAAAUAUGGAUGAACAGGAAAAAAAGACCAGUGGAGGAGAGCGAUACAGAGAAAGGCAGGGGGAGGGUAGACACUGAUGAGCUCUGCGCCGACCUCUUUCCCCCCUCACCUCAUCCCGUGCUCUUUCACACAGGGGAAGCCCCUCACACUACCCCCUCCGCCAGCCCAGAUCAGCCCCUCCUGGACUGAUUUAUUCGAGAUUGUGGCUUACCGCACCCUUACCCAAACACAGCCCUUCCUCACCCUGGCACCCCGUUCCCCUCCUCUCUCUCUCUUUCAUCGCACCCACAGAUCCGUCAGCCCUGAGUGACAGCGUGGGACUCAUUUUUUCCUCAAGAAUAAAAAAAAAAAGAAACUAUUGCAAACACUAAGGGGACACACUUUAGGGACUGAAGAUUUCAGCAUGAAUAUAUGCUGAAGAGGAAGGUUGUGCAUUUCUAAACCCAAGGAAUGCACCAGUUCAACACAAAGCUUCUGUACUCAGUAUUCCUUCAACAAGCUGCAAAAAAAAAAAAACUUUUCUGCACUUCGGGUUUUUGCAAAGGAAUCUCUGGAUGACCCUGCAAUACAGAUGCUCAGGAGGCCGUGGUCUGGAUGGGACAUUCUCUGUCAGAGAGGUCAUUUGAAAGCUCUCCAUUGGUCAGAAGUUGAUACUUGGGAGAGAAAGACCAAGAGGAAGGACUGGUGGGAAACUGAAUUUUGCUCUCUGCAAAGGAACCGAUGAAGCUGCUUGGAUGAGAACAGUUACCAAAGUGUGAAGCUGCACAGACCAGACAAACCCAGUCUCCUGUCCCACUCCUGGGGGGUUUGGCUUUUGGCGUUGGAGGGAAAGGGAAGGGAUGGGGGGUCAUUGUAGCACAUUGUUGUCUGACAGAAGUAUUCAAAGCGCCGCUCACCUCCUCAGUUCGAUUCUGACACCAACACUUGUAAACAUGGCAGUAAAGGCGGCUAAUGCAACAGACCCAGAGAGACAGACAGAAUGUUAGUGAUCUCAGUAGGGUUUCCCAGUAGCAAGUGUGUGUGUGUGUGUGUGUGUGUGUGUGUGUGUGUGUGUGUGUGUGUUUGAGUGUGUAUAGUAAAUUUUAGUAUUUGACAUGCAGUUAAUCCCCUAUAUCCAUCAUUUUCAUGGGAAAGGAACACACCCCCUGAUCUAAAUCUUGGUCUGAACUGGAGAAGGUCUUUCAGAUCAGAUGAUUAAAUUACUGUAACAGAAAAUGUCAUGUUUCAUUCAAAAUACUUGCAUGGGAUUCUGCAGUGUACCCAAAUUUGCCUGGCUCAUUGUGAAACACAGAUCCACUAUAGGUCUAUAAGCUAUAGGUUUUGCCAAAGGGACUGUGGCCAAUAUGUUGUCCACUUUGUCCUUGGUUUGCAUGGUGGUGUAAACACAAGUGUUGUAGGUGGCCACUACACUCGAAUAUACAGUCCACUCCGCUCCUCAGGGCUGCUGGUACUGCCUGGCAAAUUGUUAAAAUGUAUUGAAGGUGGCUGGAUAUUGGUGUGGCUGUGAUUUUUUUUUUUUUUCUGUUUAAGCUCCGAUACCUGGUUUUGCGGGACCACAGGCUUUCAUUGUUAUUGGUCGGUUGGAAAAGGAAAUGUUAGUCAGAGAGAGUUUAUGAGCUGGCAACAUCAAAGCAGUUGUUGAGAAUCUCCUGAUUUAGAGCUAACUGUAUCUUUUCCAGUAUGCAAGGAUUUUGGAAGCAUUUCCUUAAGUCAAGACUGUGUGCAGAAAAAACUGUGUUUCGGUGACACAUAACAUUCUUACCACGUUUCAGUUACAUUGUGACGUCAUUACCACACUGUUACAGUAUCACAGCAACAUGAUGAGGACUUCACGUAAUACUUAGUGGAGGCGUCCAUUCUGGUGAAACAGUGAAAAGGCUUGCUCGUUUGGCAUAUGACCUGUGUUUGGAACACUGGAUUGGAUUGUACCAAUCCUGAAAAAGUGUUGCUAUAUUUAAUACGCCACUGUUACUAGCAUAUUUGUAAUAAUACAGAUUGAAAUGAAAUGAAAUGAAAGCCACACCCAGUUUCACCCUCCCUAACGUGCAGCUCGUCAGUGUUUGUAGUAGAGUGUUAGUAGAGUGGCCUGUUUUUUGUUUUUUUUGUUUUUCUGUAUGUCUCUUAAGGUAGACCAAAGGCUCAGUGGUGUCUGCUGUGAGUGAUACCUCUCUUCUCUUUCAACUGUAAAAGCCAAAAGCAUUUUAGAUGGGAAGCAAUAACAAUAACAUUAAUAAUAAUUCCAGUAAAAUGUAACAAAAACUUAUUGGAUUCAGUGAAAAGUGCAAAAGUAGAUUAAUUCGUGACUUAAAGCCUAAACCAGAAUUACUUAAAUGGGACCAGUGCAUACACAUCGUUUGAGUCAGUUCGUUUUCAUUCUUUAUGUUCAGUUAAUGUAUUUUUGCCAAUAGCAGCUGGUGCAGUGUUCUAUGCCAUGAGGCAAACAUAUACCUCAAUGUCUCUAAUGCUGAUACACCCUGAUAUACUGUCACGCACUGCCGUGUAGAUUUUUAUAGAUGAAAAGCCUUUAACCUGUGUGUAAAUGCAAUCACAGUUCCUCCUCUUAAACGUAACUCCAAGCUAACCUCACUGCCCCAUUCACGGAGUGGUCAGUUCCUGCAUAACAAGGUUUCAGCCGAUGUUCAUCAGACUAUGUGUUUGUGAGUUAUAUUGCCCUGUCUGUGAUCGCCACCCAGUCCCCAAGUAAGCCCUUUUGUCCAACCUGACAACAUACAACAAA